AGAGGUGUGAAUGUGUGGGUUUUGUCUGUCUGGUCGCUAAAUGUAAAAAUGAAUUGCUUAAACGAACCUAACGUUUAUCGAAAAUAAUGUAAAGGAAAUUAACGUUAAUUGAAAAUAAACAUAAUUACCGUAUGAUUUGGUGGUGAUUUUCACUCUAGGUCGAAAUGUAAGUUAUCACGGAAGCUGCCUCAGGAACCUCAGGAAUAGGUCAGAUUGGACGGAUUGGACCUACUUAAUGUUAACUUUCCCUAUAUUGUAAAAGACCUAAGAAGAACGGGUAUUGUCAUGCGAACACUUUCCAUGUCCCUGAGGGCAAGAGAAGGUGUUAAUGUGUAUUAGAACCCCAGCCUAGAAUGUCAAUAAAGCAACCAGCAUGGAACAUGUUGAUUUAGCGGAGGUAAAUGACAUGAAGUGAAACUUAAAAUGGAUCUGAUAAUAACGGUAGAAGGAACAACUCCAGCUUCUACACCAAAGAAGGAAGAGCUUAUUGAUAUAAAAUAUGAAGACCAUUAUGAUCCAGAUCCCACAUCAGCAAUCCCGAAUGAAGAUCAGCAGUUCUUGGAUGCGGUUAAGACGGAACCUGAUUCAGAUAGUGAAUUUGAUCAUGAUCCACUCUCGAAUGUCAAAUAUGAGGAGCCUGUUUGUGUACUACUCAAGAGUGAACCGUUUGAAGCAUCAGAUUCCACGUCAGAAGGUGAUGAAGUAAUGAAAGAGGAAUGUGUCUCGAGCAGUACCAGUGAGCACAGUUUCAUCAGCCACCAGUAUGAAGAAAAUGGUACAGAAGUUUCACCUCGGCUGACAUCAGAAGGGAUAUCAAUGAACGAAGUGUCUGGGAUGUGUAGUAAGGGGUCCUCCUGUGGUGGAAAUUUGAAGAAUUGUACAAAUGUGGACUCUGAAGAAAUAUUGCUGACAAGCUCAAAAUGUAAAGACCGAGUGACAGAAAAAACCUUUACAUGUGAAAUAUGCUCCAAAGUAUUUCCAUACAAUAGUAACCUGAAACGUCAUGUUCGUACACACACUGGAAUUAAGUCAUUUAAAUGUGACAUAUGUGGUAAAGUUUUUUCAGAGAGCGGAAGUGUGAAACUUCACCUUCGGACACACACAGGUGAAAAGCCUUUCAAGUGUGACAUAUGUGGGAAAGUUUUCUCACAGAGUGGAAACCUGAAGCUUCACACACUCAGACACAAAGGAGAAAGAAAUUUCAAGUGUAACAUUUGUACCAAGGCAUUCCUAAAUAAUAGUAAACUUAAACGACAUAUUCUUACACAUAUGAGAGAAAAAUCAUUCGCAUGUGAUACAUGUGGGAGAGUCUUCUCACAAAGUAGACACCUGAAACAUCACAUACGUAGGCACAAUGGAGAAAGAUCAUUCAAAUGUGAUGUAUGUUCCAAAGUUUUUGCUAAUAAUACUGUACUGAAGUGUCACAUUCUUAUACACACAGGAGAGAAAUCAUUCAAAUGUGACAUAUGUGGGAAAGUAUUUUCACAGAGUGGUCAUCUGAAACUUCACAUUCGCACUCACACUGGUGAGAAGCCUUUCAAAUGUAACAUAUGCACUAGAGCGUUCUCAGAUAAUAGUAAACUGAAGCAUCACAUUCGUACGCACACAGGGGAGAAACCAUUCAAAUGUGACACAUGUGGGAAAGUGUUUUCACUGAGUUGGAAUCUGAAGCAUCACAUGCGGACGCACACAGGAGAAAAGCCUUUCAAAUGUGAGAAAUGUGGAAGAGUGUUUUCAGGGAAUAGAAGUCUGAAACAUCAUGCACUAACACAUGUAGGAGAACCCCAAUUUGAAUAUAAUGUAUAUGAAAGAUUUCCCCCAGAAUGAGCACCUGAAACUGUUCAGCCUAAAAAUUGCUUGAAAGUGGCAAAGUGGAGAAUGAAUAUGUGGUAAGGGGUCCAUUCCUUGAGGAAAGAGGUGUUUGUAAGUCUCAAGGAACACACACGUACACAGAGGAGAAAGUUUCACAUUUUAAUGUGUGAAAGCAUUCUUGCAAAGUGACACAGAUACCACAUGUACAUGUGUGCACAUACACAGUAGAAGUGACUUUCAAACAUGACAUGAGGGGAACAAUUCUUUUGCCCAGAGUGUUACAUCUAUAUAAACAUGGGUGAUAACAUAUAACAAACAUGAGAGCCUGUGAAAUUUGAAUUUCCCAUUGAAGUUGCUCUUAUGGUUAUUACUAUAGGGUUUUAGAACUGGCUGUUCUGAGCAGAAUGUACAGUGGAUUUGGUCAGUUCCACUGACUGAGGUAGGAAUUGUUGGGUAUGUAUGGGUUAUAACAGGGCCUUAGUCACAGCGGAUCGGCCUUCGUCCCUUCCACAGUGCAGCUGUAAACACUACCUCACUACUUUUUGGCCUACUCCCUGUGUACAGUCCAGAGGCUAGUCUAGUAGAUAAUUACUAAUGUUCUAAAGGAGUUUGCUGCCUCUGUGGUCAGGGUAGAAGGAGUGAAUUGGAGGUUAGGAUCCUUGGAAAUACUGAUAACUAUGUCUGAGACUUAGCGGGUGUCAUCAUCAUCAUCAUCAUCAGUAAUCUGUCAAGACGACAGGUCCACAGUCUCUUCCAAAACAAU